AUGAAAACAAGUAAAACAAAAGAGAUAACAGCCGACGAACAUCGUAAAGCUUUGUUGUCGGUAACCAUUGUCGUUCGCACGAAAGAACAAAAGAUUAUCUCUGUUCGCAACAAUAGCAGCAGGAGUUUAACUCUUUCUAAAGCCAAUGGCAAGUCGAAUACCGAACUUAAUAACAGCCUCAUGCAGCCUCACAACAGCAACAACAACUCGUCCACGAGUAACAGCAACAGUUCUCUAUUCGAGAAUGAUAACGAAGUCCUGCAAACCAUUGAAUACAUUGGCAAUGUCCUGUGCUUCUACUAUGUACCGAUUAUUGUCGGCACCGGCACCAUCGGUAACAUCCUCUCGGUUGUUGUCUUCUUCAAAACGAAGCUACGCAAAUUAUCGUCGAGUUUCUAUUUGGCCGCACUGGCUGUCAGCGAUACUUGUUUCCUGUUCGGCCUGUUUAUCCAGUGGCUGAACUUCAUGGACGUGCACAUCUAUAAUCGUGAAUAUUUCUGUCAGUUCUUUACGUUCUUCAGCAAUCUGGCCUGUUUCUGUUCGGUGUGGUUUGUGGUCGCAUUUACUGUGGAGCGCUUCAUUGCGGUCAUGUAUCCCUUAAAGCGUCAGACAAUGUGCACAGUUCGGCGAGCGAAAAUGGUUCUGUUGGGCCUAACGUUAUUGGGUUGUCUGCAUUGUGCUCCCUUUUGGAUCUCGUCGACGCCGGUUUAUUUGCCGAAAUUGGAGAUUACAAUAUGCGAUAUUAAAAAUGAAUAUAAGGAUUACAUCACACUACUCAAUUACUGGGAUACGGUUGUUGUAUUUGCUGUCCCCUUUACAACCAUUGCCGUUUUGAAUACCUUUACGGGUUGUACGGUUUGGAAAUUUGCCACGGUUCGAAGAACUUUAACAAUGCAAAAGUAA